CAUCGCUCUGCAUAGGUGACACGACCUUAUGUUUUCUGCCCAUAUGGAGCUUCGGCAUUUUGUACUGCGAGAGGCCGAACGCCCUGAGACAUGAGCCUGAAGUUCGCCUUGUCCAGAGCAAACCUGUCUGCAUCUGGGCUCGUCGGAGCUACCAUUACUUCGGCGGCCCUGUCAAUGGAUUCUCCGACUGAGGUGGCGUGCCAUUCCGUGUUCCCCGCGGCUCAAUGCACCAUACUGGUCACCACUGGCGCCUUCAAGGUGUUAGCUGUCGGCUCCCGAUGCCUAAGACAGAUAGGAGCGAUCUCAUACUACCCAGGCGACGUGAAUUGGUCUUCAGCUGAAAGGCAGGAGGCGACUACGCUGAUCUCUUGUGUACAUAGUCCUAUCAGUCAAAUAGUCCCUGCAGUCAUAUACAGCAGCACCGCUGCGAUUAAGCUGGUCGCGACUAUGCGAAGACUGCAUGCUGUCGCGGCUCAUGGUGGCUUGUGCACCGAGAUCAUGCUUUACGGGUCUACUCCUGUCAAGCGGUUGUUUGUAUAA